CAAAUUUUUGAGAUACGAACAUCCGAGCCGAACAAACACCCACAACAACAACGUUUCCCCCGCCUCAGCUUCCCGCGUCUCACUCGGUUAGUGUUUGUGUAGCUCGCUUUGUUAACACUUGUGUAAAGCUGUGCUCGUAUUUUGUGCUUUUAUUUUGCGUUCAUACAACUUUAUCGCAUUUAAAACCAUGGGUCCUAAGAAAGUGAGUGUAAAGGAACAGUGCUGUGAAGAAGUUUGUUAAUUUUAGUGAAGUUUAGUUAAGUUCCAUUUAAGUGUAAAGUAGCAUUAAGAGUGUACAGUAGCGAGUAAGUGAACGAAAGUGAAAGUCUUUCGUCUUCCGUUAGCUCACGUCGUCUGAUCUCCAAGGUAAAUAAUACACUUUAUAGUAAAACCUGUUUAUUUUUUUAACAUUCUCUUUUAUUACUGUAUGUUUUUAUACAAUAUUUGUCAUUUAUAAAUACAGUACUGUACAUUUUUCAUAUUCAAAACACAAACAAAACAACUGGAGUGGAAUUUUGCGAGCUGGAACGGAUUAAUGGGAUUUCAAUUCAUUUAAAUGGUGAAAAUUGCUUUGAGAUACGAGCAAAUUGAGAUACGGAACGAAACAAAUUAAACUCGUAUCUCGAGGUAUUACUGUAUAUUCUGUGGUCGUGUGGUUAGUGGUGUUGCUCUUUUGGAGUGGUGUGUUGUUGGGUGGUGUCGAUUGUGCUGUUGUCAGUGCUAUGGAUGUUGGUGUUGAUUGUGCUGUUGGAGUUAUUGUUGUUGGUGGUGGUGGUGUUACUGUUAUGAAGUGGUUUGUGGUGUUAAUUGUGCUGUUUUAGUUGUUGUUGUUGGUGGUGUUACAGUGAUGGAGUGGGUUGUGGUGUUGAUUGUACCAGUAUCAUCACCUGGUAUCCUUCACCACUUUCCCCACUACCCUUGGACUCUUUCCUCUCCUCUCUUUCCUCAACCAUGUACUUUCUCUGCUCUCUGUCCACUAAACCCAAGAAAACUUCUUGUUCUGCUCCUUGGUUUUCAGAUGUGUUGUGCAACAAUCUGAGAGAGAGCUAAGAUCCUCUGAGAGAAAGUGGAAGAAAUCACAACUCGAUGCAGGUCUUGACUCUUACCGUACAUUCCUGGCCAAGUUCUCUUCAGAUGUAACUUCUGCAAAAACUUCCUUCUACAAGGAAAACCUCGAUGCUUCUGCACAAGUCCCUGGAUGCAGAAGCUGUAAAACCAGGAAUCCUGAACUCCAGAGGUAUCAGUACAGAGUUUCCACCUGUCUUAGUCAACAAGUCGCAGGCGGAUGGACCAGUGAAUAAAUCAGUCCAGUCCCCAAAACAGCCUCAGAAACCCAAACUGAGCGCUCAGCCAGAGGGACCUCAUCCGCCAGCGAUCACUGAGAGAAGACCUGACAAAGGAGAUGAGGACAGGAACACAGUGGAUCCAGAGCUGGUCUCAGAACCUCGGCAGAACAGCUUUAAAAAGACAAAUAUCAAGCACAGACCAUCCCGGAGCGAGCCACACACCGGUUUACAGGCUCCGUCGGCUGCAGACACGAGCAUGCACAGGCAAGGAAAGUCACACAGACCCUCUGCUCCUGUCAGUGCAGAAGACAAGACUGUAAGUGUGGAAUGUGUGCGGAACCUACACGAACCUGUAGUCCAGGUGCCCCGACAACCAGGAACGCCAAAAAGUGGAUCUGACCAAAGCACAAGAGAGGAAGAGAAUGGAGAUGAAGAAGAGGAGUGUGAAGAAGAGGAUGAGGACACGGCUGACUUCCGUGCUCCCAUUGAGCUGCUUGCAGAGUUUUUAAAGGCUGUGAUGGAAAGGAAGUACGCACUUGCCAAGAAACUCUGCCAAAUGAUUCUUAUUUAUGAACCAGACAACCCCGAGGCCAAACACUUCCUCCCGCUAAUUGAAGAGAGACUACUGAUAGAAGAAACCCAGAAAUGCACCAGCAGUGAAGACAACACAUCUGAUGAUGAUGAUGAUGAUGAUGAUGAUGAUGAUGAUGAUGAAAGCAGCAGUAGUGAUGAUGAUGAUGAUGAUGAUGAUGAUGAUGAUGAUGAUGAUGAUACAGGUACUGAUACAGAUGGAGGAAACAUCUGCUCAUCAUCAUCUGACAGAGAGAAGGAAGUCAUUAUCCAGCAGUGAAGACCGUCUCCUCAACAGCUGUCUAAACCUGUGUGCACAUUUUUGGGUUAUUACCAUAAUGUCCUUUAAGUUUCUUUGUGCCUUUACAAUCAAUUUAUAUCCUGCAAUACUUUGAAGAUCAAAGCACAAAUAAAUUUAAUUGUGAAUAGUAUCUGAAUAUUACAUUUUAUCUGAAUAGUAAUUGUGUAGUGACAUACUGUUCAGUAAUGUACUAUGCAGUGUGGGACAAAGCCCAAGUACUCGAAAAUUCACUGAUGGCCUGUAUUACAAAUUUUAUGAGAAUAAAAUUGUACAUUGUACACAACAA